AGCUUUCAGAGCCCAUCUCGGGAUGCAUCGUCGAUCCAGUCGGACGUGCAGAGUAAGUGAAUAAGACGAACGAGUGCCAACGUUGGAUCAAGAGGCUUUCCAACUGGGCAUGAGAGAUUGCGACAUGAAGUGACGAACUGGCUGCUGGCUCCUGGGAUGAUAUGGCGCUGUCGUGGGCUAUGACUGGAUGAUGGGAUUGUGGGAGAUCAACGCAAAGCGUCCACAUCAGGCCACUGGCGAUGAGAGCAUCGCUCAUGCGUGGAAGUCCUCAAGAUGCGCUACUCGAGGGAUGCGCAGCACGACGAGAACUGCGCAACUGCCGAAUUGCGGAAUGAACACCCCAAGCCUUUCCUCGUCGCACGACAGACUGCUCGUUGAUGCCGCUGUCAAUCGUAUCGACAGGUUGGCGCGCUGUCGUGGGUAUUCUGACAAGCCGUACCCCACGCAAGAGUCCUUCAUGUCUGGUAACCUGGAUGGAGCUAGAGGUAGAGAAGGCAGGGGGUCUGAGAGGGCAAGGGAAGCAUGCGAACAUUAUGUGUCGCGUUGCUCGACUGCUUUGCAGGAAACAGCCCAAGUGCGAAGAUUCAUUCGUCCUCGUGCGCUCUCCAGUGUCCCUCUGUUCGGAUGGAGGCGAAUAACCCACUCACGGCUGCUGGCGCGGCGCGUGCUGGGCGGGCGUGACUAGCCACCAUUUCCCGCCACAUGAUCCCUGCCCCUCUGCAAUUCAAUCCUGCAGGGUGGGAGGUCUCGGUGCGGCUUUUGGUCAAAGGCAGGCUGGAGCAGCGGAAGACGCGCGCGUCGCAGGUCAAGGAGCGCUGGACGACCAGCAGCCGUUUUUGAUGGGCUUUGUUCGGAUGGUAGAGGGGAGUGCGUGCGUUUGUGUUUGUGUGUGGGUGCAGAAAGAAGGGAUGGGUGGUCAUUUUGCAGUCACCUACCUUAGG